AUGACAGAAAAUACUGAAAAACCCAAUUAUAACUUACCACAACUUGAUUUGAAAGCCAUUUCUAACAUGUUGCAAGGACAAAAUGCCAAUCCUGGAGAUAAUGGACUGUAUUGGAAGGUCAAUUUUGACCGAUUUACACAAGAUUUUAGGGAUAAAAUUGUUAUAUCAGCCAUGACGGAAAGAUUUGACAUGAAUGCUGGAGAAUUAAUGAGACAGUUAAUCAAUUUGAUGUAUUUGCGUACUGCACCUUGGGCAGCUACAUCAAAUCCAAUACCAUUUACUGAAAUAAAAGAAGAAACGAAAAAAUUGAAUUAUUCAGAGCUUGAACAGUAUCUUGACCAAUACCUGCGACUUAUAGAAGAAGACAGUAGCCAAUUUAUUAAACGAGUUGGUGAUUCUGGUGGAGGGCAAUACAGUAUUAAUAUGAAAAAUGCAUUUGAACAGUUGGUAUGGACAACCAUAGAAAGUAUCGUAACAGAAAGAUUUGGUUCCAAGGCUGCAAGAAUUUUCAGAUUAGUGCGCAUUGAAAAAAAUGUUAACCUAGACCAAAUUCAGCAAUUAGCAAUGAUUCCAGCAAAAGAAGCUAAAUGCAUAACAUAUAUUUUGGCACAAGAGAAUUAUAUACAGAUGCAAGAGAUAAAAAAGAUUGGAACUUUGACAGCACCAACAAAAGGACUUUUCCAUUUUUACAUUGAUCUGACUAAAACUGUCCAAAUGGAAAUUGAGCAUUGUUGUCAAGCAUUAUAUAACAUUAUAAAAAGGCGAGAGAAUGAACUAACCAAUAAUAAACGUAUGAUAGAAAAACAAUUAAGAGUACAGAUACUCUCUACUAACAUGAAGGAACAUGGUGCUACAGAACAACAACUGGCUGAUGUAAUAUCAAUAUAU